AUGUACACCAAGAAGCUGGAGCGGAUGCACCGCCCGGCCUCGGACAUCACCAAGUACGACAAUGAGCCGUAUAUGAAGAACCCGCUGCUGAAGUUCCGCAUCAGCGAGGUCCACGAAAGGCGGCACUAUCAGUUCCUCAAGCAAAAGGCGGCGGAUGUCAAGGUGCGGGUGGCCCGCCAGCAAUAUCAGCCGGAGCCGGACAUGCGCCUCCUGCCGCAGAGCCACUACGAGGACAACCUGCGGCGGGAGGUGAGGAAGAUAGUGGUUCCCCCGAUGCUGCGUCGCACCGAGGCCAAGAUCCUGAGCUUCGCCUCGGAGCGGCUGAAGAACAAGUACCCGGAACUGGUGCAGGCCUACAUGGCGGAUGUCCACGAGGAGUUCAAUCGGCUGAUGAAGGUCUACAGCAUGAAGAACAUCCUGCGACAUCCGGAAUUCUCCGACGAGGAUCCGGCUCAGUUUGAGCUUCCCCAUCCGGAUAUUGGCUUUAGGAGACCAGGUCGCACUCAGAACUACACAAACUUCCUGGAGAACCGGCGGCGCAUCGCCCAGAAGCUACUGAUCCUCCAGCAGCCACUGAGGGCCAUCUUGAACAUAUCCGUGGGGGAGCUACCCAAUCUCGCCUGCGUUUUUCACUACGUUUUGGCCACCGGUGCCAUGCAACAGCAGCUGGGAUUGGGUGGACGGGAGGCACUGUCCUACAAGUUCUACCGCAAGUACAUCCAGAACCAACUGGACAAGGUGAACACCUUCCUCCGGUGGACCUGGUAUCCCAAGGUGGUUCUCGUUCUACGAAAGCUAAUGCGCAAGCGCGUGAUGCCGAUGAGCACUUGGAAGCGGGCCUGGAACGCUCUGGAGGGUCUGAUGAACCGCGAGAUGACCAACAUGAAGAUCCGCACUUUCGAGGAGAUGUACCGGAUGUGCAGUCACCCGCGCACAAUGCCCAUGCUGCGAAUGUCGUUGGAGUGGGCCGAGUUCUCCAGUGACCUGGAUACCCGUCCUAAUGUGUGGGCUAUUCUGAGAACCUUUGCAGAGAUUGCCACCGAGAUAUCGAUGGUGGGUUACCGCAUGGAGCCACUGCAGCCACAGGUCCAGACACUCACCUCCAUGGCCAUGUAUGCAAAGGUGAACGAUUACCUGAAGAUCGAGAUGAAUGAGAACUACCUAAAGGACGUGAUUGAUAAGGUUCAAGACAUUAUCUUGCGCACAUAUCAGGAGGUAAUCCAGUAUAUCGAGGGCUUCCGGGAAAAGUACUAUGCGCUUUACUCCUGGCAGGAACGAGAUGCCCUUAACCAGUUUCUGUCCGAACCUCAUGAGUUUGAGGAGUACUUUGCUCGAAUCGACAUGUACUAUGGUUUUAUUCAAAUGCUGCGAAGUGAACCUGGAACGGAGUACUUUGUGAUGGCCGUAAUCCACAACGAGCCAGCUGUAAAUGGCCUCCGAAGUCUGGCCGAGAAUCUGAUUGACGAGAUCACCACAAUUAUCAUAAGGGAGCACAUCAAAGCAGAGGUGGAGAUCUGCGAUGAGUUCGAGAAGAUCAAGUACCGGGCGCUGGAGAUCCCGAAAUCUACAGAGGAGCUUCUGGAAAGUGCUGAAUACAUGAUCCACGUGAAGAAGGAUAAGAUCGCCGAGUUGACCGAUCGGAUACAGUAUUGCCUUCAAGUGGGCACCAAUAUCGUUGAGCUCACGGAAAUGUCCAAAUACCACUUUGACCUCACCAUCAAGACGAUCAAUUGGAUCAAGGACAUAAACGACAUUUGCGACUAUAAUGCCUCGCAGCAGGAGCAAUUUAAGUUUACAUUCGAGGAGCAUUUGCAGGAGGUCAUCAAGAAACUAAACACGGACAUUGAUGACCUGCUGCCCAAACUGGCCGUCAUUGACGAUAUGAGUCGACCGGACAAGUUUCGUGAUAGCUAUAUAAUCCUACAGAACUUUAUAGACCAACUAAAGACCUUCGACGACUAUGUAGCUUGGAUCAACAAGGAAGAGAAGCUCUUCAAGAUUGCCCAAACGGAGUAUCCCAAACUGGAGAUCAUCAAAACGUUUGUGUAUCCCUUUGCCGAGCUUAUGAAAUGCUGCAUUGAGUGGCAGCGUUACUUGAGCGUUUGGAACGAUGGUCCCUUCGAGUACCUGGAACCGCAUUUCGUGGAGAGAACUACUGACGAUUACCUCAAGGAGUUCCAGAAGAAUCAAAAGUAUUACAGGGUCAAGAUCAAACAGGAUCUUAUUGACAAUCCCGUGUGCAAGUUCAAGGGUCAAACAGAAGAUCCCGAUCCUGCCAAGCACCCAGUGCCUCUGCGUCUCUGCACCUCGAUGAUCCAGUCGAUCAAGGACUUCACUACUGGAGUCUUUAUAGUAAACACCAUGUGCAAUCCUGCUCUGCGCAAGCGUCACUGGAAGGAGAUGUCCGAGAUCGCGGGGUGGGAUGUCACGCCCGAUGCGGGAACCACUCUUCGGAAGAUUCUCAACUCCGGUUUGGACCCCAUUCUCGAUCAAUUUGAGAUCAUUAGCAUUGGAGCGAAUAAGGAAUUGCAGCUGUGGAAUGCCUUGCAAGCGAUGAUUAAGGAGUGGGAGACCAGGGUGUUUCCCUAUGGUCCUUACAAGGAAACUGGCGUGCAGAUCCUGAGUAGCUUAGAUGACAUUCAAGCCUUACUCGAUGACCACAUCCUCAAAACACUAGUCAUGCGAGGAUCAGCUUUUAUGAAGCCCUGCGAGGAGGAGGUGCGGGCGUGGUACGAGAAGAUCAUGCGGGUGAAUGAGACACUGGAUCAGUGGGGCAAGGUGCAGGCCAACUACCUCUACCUGCUGCCCAUCUUCUCAUCCAAGGACAUUGUGGCACAGAUGCCGGAGGAAGGUCGUCUCUUUGUCAUCGUGGAGCAGACCUACACCAGGAAUAUGGGUUUGGUGCUUCGCCAGCCACUGGUAAUGGAAACUGCUCCCGUUUCGGGUCUGCUAGAGUCUUUGCAGAAAGCCAAUGAGCUCCUGGAGGACAUAGCCACCGGUGUGAGUAACUACCUAGAGAAGAAGCGACUGUACUUCCCUCGCUUCUUCUUCCUCGCCAACGAUGAAAUGCUGGAGAUCCUCUCGGAGACAAAGGACCCCCUGCGUGUUCUGCCCCAUCUGAGCAAAUGCUUCGAGGGCAUCAAUAGCCUGGAGUUCGAUGCGGCCAAGAAUGUGCUGGCCAUGAUUAGUAGUGACAAGGAGUCGAUAGAGUUUAUUGAACAGGUUUCUACAGCGGCGGCUGGAGGAAGUGUGGAGAAGUGGCUAAUUGGAGUGGAGGACGAGAUGCUUAAGGCGGUGCGGUAUCAGAACGAGCUAUCUUUUGCCCACUACCCCAAGGUUAAGAGACACGAGUGGGUUUUGGAGUGGCCCCAGAUGACGGUGCUAGCCAUCUCACAGGUCUACUGGGCCUCCCGCGUCCAUGGAUGCCUACGUCGCACCUUCGGCGGCAACAUGACCGUUAUGCAGAACUUCUUCCAGGAGUUGUCCAAGGAGCUCAAUGAUAUUGUAACCUUGGUUCGUUCGCCCAAGAUCAGUAACCUUAACAGGAUAACUAUAAAGUCCUUGAUUGUCAUUGAUGUACAUGCCAAGGAUGUGUCCGAAGAUCUGAUCAAGAACAAGGUCAGCAGUGAGUUCGACUUCCAGUGGUUGGCUCAGAUGAGAUACUAUUGGGAGGAUGACAAGACCUGGGUGCGAAUCAUCAAUGCCACUGUUCCCUUUGCGAAUGAGUAUCUGGGUAACUCUGAUCGCCUGGUGAUCACCCCACUCACAGAUCGCUGUUAUCGCACUCUCGUGGGAGCCUAUCAACUCCAUUUGAAUGGAGCUCCCGAAGGACCCGCUGGAACAGGGAAGACGGAGACCACCAAAGAUCUGGCCAAAGCUCUAGCUGUUCAGUGUAAGGUGUUCAAUUGCUCCGAUGGUCUGGACUACAAGGCAAUGGGCAAGUUCUUCAAGGGAUUAGCCUCCUGCGGCGCUUGGGCCUGCUUUGAUGAGUUUAACCGAAUCGAAUUGGAGGUUCUUUCCGUGGUGGCUCAACAGAUUCUUCUCAUCAUCCAGGCUGUUCGGAGUAAUGCCACCAAGUUCAUGUUCGAGGGAACCGAGUUAACCCUCAAUCCUGCCUGCUACGUUUGCAUCACCAUGAAUCCAGGUUAUGCCGGUCGUUCCGAAUUGCCGGAUAAUUUGAAGGUGCUCUUUCGUUCUGUGGCCAUGAUGGUGCCGGAUUACGCAAUGAUUGGAGAGAUCUCCUUGUAUUCCUAUGGCUUUGUGGAUGCUCGCAAGUUGGCUGUGAAGAUUGUGACCACCUAUCGACUCUGCUCGGAACAGCUGUCCAGCCAGAAUCACUAUGAUUAUGGAAUGCGAGCCGUGAAGACGGUGCUCUCCGCCUGCGGAAAUAUUAAGAAGCAGUUUCCGGAUGAAGUGGAGGAUAUCUUGUUGCUACGAAGUUUGAUAGACGUGAAUCUUCCCAAGUUUCUCUCCUUCGAUGUUCCCCUGUUCGAGGGAAUCAUCUCGGAUAUCUUUCCAGGAAUUAAGCUACCUCAUAUAGACUACUCCCUGGUGGAAACCGAGUUCAAACGCGUCUGUUUGGAGGAGGUUCUGGAGCCAGCUCCCAGUUUUCUACUGAAGGUCAUUCAGACGUACGAAAUGAUUAUCGUGAGACAUGGAUUCAUGCUGGUGGGCGAACCGCUAGCUGGGAAAUCCAAGACGCUCCAGGUGCUCGCGAAGGUCCUGUCCGCUUUGAAGAUUAAGGCUCCUCAGAAAAGUAGCUACUUUCAGCACGUCCAAAUGGGCAUUAUGAACCCAAAGUCCAUUACAAUGAAUCAACUUUAUGGCUCCUUUGAUCCUAUUUCUUAUGAAUGGACAGAUGGCCUGGUGGCCAAGAUCUUUCGUGACUUUGCCAUGACGCCCACGCCGGAUAGGAAGUGGGUCAUCUUUGAUGGACCUGUGGAUGCCGUUUGGAUUGAGAACAUGAAUACGGUUUUGGACGACAACAAGAAGCUGUGUCUGACCAGCGGUGAAGUGAUUACCAUGAGCAACGAAAUGUCCAUGGUGUUUGAGGUAAUGGAUCUGGCUCAGGCUUCCCCGGCUACAGUUUCCCGUUGUGGAAUGAUCUACAUGGAGCCUUCCACCCUGGGAUGGCGGGCUUUUGCAAAAAGCUGGCUAAAGAAGGCUGAUCCUCGAUGGGCGGACGAAGAGGGCGUGGCAUAUGUGAUGGCCCUGCUCCAGUGGCUUCUUCCCCCAAGCCAAACUUUUGUGCGUCGAUACUGCAGUCAGUUUAUCAAACCCGGGGAGUUUAAUUGCAUGAGGACCACCUUUGAUCUGUUUGACAUGCAGAUUGCGGAGGCAAUUGAGGAGAAUCCGGAGGACUACCAGAAGUAUCUACAGAGCUACUUCCAGGCCGCCAUGCUGUUCGCUUUGAGUUGGGGAGUGGGUGGAGUGCUGGACACAGCUUCGCGGGAGAAGUAUGAUGUGUUCUUGAAGAAGCUUUGGGACAGCGAUCCUCCGCCGCCGGAACCCCUAGGCAAGAUGGAGAUAACUCCACCCACCGAGGGUCUACUAGUGGACUAUGUCUUCCUCUACAAACAACGUGGAGCCUGGCGUUAUUGGCCUGAUCUGGCCAAACGCAUGGAUGUGGAGGAAACCAAGACGGGGGUGAUAGUGCCCACGGUGGAUACAGCGAGGUAUAUUCAUCUACUCAAGAUGCAUGUGGAUCACAAGAAAAGAAUGCUGCUCGUAGGACCAACGGGCACAGGAAAGACGGUCUACAUACAGAACUACCUGAUGAACAAGCUGGACAAGGAGGUGUUCGAGACGGGAUUCAUCACCUUCACGGUGAUGAUCUCGGCCAAUCAGUGCCAGGAGCUGCUCAUUUCGAAGUUGCAGAAGUGGAAGCGAGGCAUCUACGGUCCACCGAAGGGAAUGCAGAGUGUGCUCUUCGUGGACGACAUGAAUAUGCCGGUGAAGGAGGUCUAUGGAGCCCAACCACCUCUCGAGCUAUUGCGUCAGUUCUUCGACUACGGACAUGUCUAUGAUUUAAAGGAUAGCUCGAAAAUUUAUAUCCACAACGUACUGAUCAUGGCCGCAUGUGGUCUGCCCGGCGGAAGUCGCCAGGAUGUCUAUGCUAGAUUCCUGAAUCACUUUAAUGUGUAUUCGAUUAACACCUUUAGCGAUGAUAGUAUGUUCCGUAUCUUCUUGAAUGUGGCACUGAAUGGCUUCCGUCGUGCUGGCCAUGGACAGGAUGUCUUCGUAGUGGCAAACCAGAUAGUUUCAGGAACUCAAUCCAUCUACAAUACCAUUUGUAAGGAAAUAAGAGCAACGCCUGCAAAGUCCCAUUACAUAUUUAACCUGCGGGACAUUUCCCGCGUCGUGACCGGAUGCACCUUGGUCCGAAAGGAGUCGGUGACGGACAAGAAGAUCUUCGUGCGCGUCUGGUAUCACGAGGCCAUGCGGGUCUUCUACGAUCGCCUCGUGGACGACGUGGAUCGCAAGUGGAUGUUUGAUAAACUAAACGAUUGUCUCAAGGUUAAUUUCAAGGACAAGGUGGAAAACGUCUUCGAGAGAUACUGUGUGCAGGGACAAGACGAGCAGGUGUUCACCAUGGAGGCGGCCAGCAAUAUCCUGUUUGGCGUUUACUUUGACGAAGAUAGUGUUCCUGAUGAACGACGCUACGAGGAGGUGCCCAGUGUGGAGGUCUUCCUGAAUCUGGCACUGACCAGUCUGGAAGACUACAACUCAACGCGUCGCAACAAGAUGGACAUCACCCUGUUCACCUUUGCCCUUCAGCAUCUGAAUCGUAUAUGUCGCAUUAUCUCGAUUCAAGGAGCGAGUGCCCUAAUCAUUGGGUUGGGUGGUUCAGGACGUCAGUCCCUCACCAAACUGGCCACCAAUAUGGUGCAGACGUCGUUCUUCCAGCCGGAGAUUACCAAGAACUAUGGGGCAAACGAUUGGCAUGAUGACAUCAAGGCGAUCCUGAAGGAGGCGGGUGGAAUGAACAAACAUACCACCUUCCUGAUAACCGAGAACCAGAUCAAAAUGGAGCUCUUCCUGCAGGACAUCGAUUGUCUGCUUAACCAGGGCGAGGUGCCCAAUAUUUUCCCCAUCGACGAGAAGCAGGAGGUCCUGGAGAUGGUGCGUCUGGCUGCCCAGGGAGGCAAUCGCAACAUUGACGUCUCAGCGCUGCAGGUCUUCUCCUUCUUCGUGGACCGCUGUAAGCAGAAGCUUCACAUGAUCUUGAGCUUCUCGCCCAUUGGAGAUGCCUUAAGGACGAGGGUUCGCCUGUAUCCUUCGCUUGUAAACUGCUGCACCAUCGAUUGGUAUGACAGUUGGCCCGAGGAGGCGCUCCACAUGAUUGCCAAGAUGUCGCUGGUGGAUGUGAAUGUUCCUAAUGAGGAUAUCAAGGUGGCUAUCAUGGAUACCUGUCAGUAUUUCCAUACUACAGCUGCGAAGGCUACCCGCUCCUUUUGUCAAAUGACAGGGAGGCAUAUCUACCAGACUAAUGCCUCUUUCAUAGAGCUCAUACGCUCCUUCCAAACGCUCAUCUACCGAAAGCAGAGUGAAACGAUGCUGGCCAAGAUGAGGUACAUUGGGGGAUUGGAUACCCUGGCCCAAGCAGCAGCUGCUAUUUCUAUAAUGCAGAGAGAUCUAAAUGCUUUGCAGCCCAAAUUAGUUGCCCUGGCGGAGGCUUCCCGCAAAAUGAUGCUGGAGAUUAAUAAGGAAACUCUAGCCGCCAGUGCCGCCGCUGAGCAAGUGAAACGGGAUGAGGAGGUGGCAUCCGUUCAGGCGGAAGCUGCGCAGGUGCUCAAGCAGGAUUGUGAAAGGGAUUUAGCGAAAGCCAUUCCUGUCCUGGAAGAUGCCCUGGCUGCCUUGAAUACCCUGAAACCAGCGGACAUUACCCUCGUGAAGUCCAUGAAGAAUCCACCGCCUGUCAUUAAACUCGUUAUGGCUGCCGUUUGUGUGAUUAAAGGAAUCCCUCCAGAACGCAUUCCAGAUCCAUCUUCCGGGAAAAUGGUGCAAGAUUACUGGGGACCCAGUAAGCGGCUCUUGGGAGAGAUGAACUUCCUGCCUGCUCUUAAAGAGUUCGAUAAAGAUAAUAUCCCCGCCGAUAUUAUCAAGCGGAUUCGUAAAGAAUUCAUUCCCAACAAGGACUUUGAUCCCAAGGUUGUGGCCAAGGCCUCGAGUGCGGCAAAGGGUCUGUGCCAGUGGAUCAUCGCCAUGGACAUGUACGACGAGGUGGCCAAGGUGGUGGCGCCCAAGAAGGCCAAGUUGGCCGGCGCCGAGAAGGAGUACGCCGACACCAUGGAGUUCCUGGCCCAGAAAAGGGCCUUGGCCUUGGCGCUUGAGGAGAAGGUGGCCCAGUUGAACAUCGAAUUGGACAAGGCGAAUGUGGAGAUGCAAAAGACCGAGGAUCAUGCCGAGAGUUGUAGGAAUAAGUUGCUCCGAGCGGAGGCUCUAAUUGGAGGAUUGGGUGGUGAGAAGUCGCGAUGGAACAAGGCGGCGGAGGAUCUCCAAGAGCUAUAUGACCAUCUCCCCGGUGAUGUUUUGAUUUCCUGUGGUAUCAUAGCCUACCUGUCAGCUGUUAAUCUUCAGUAUCGAUCGGAGUGUGUGAAGGAUUGGUUCAAGAAGGUUACUGAUUUGAAGAUACCCUGUUCUGCACACUACUCCAUCACAGAUGUACUCGGUCUAGAGGUCACCAUCCAAAACUGGCAACUAGAUGGUCUUCCCAAUGAUGAGUUCUCCAGCGAGAAUGCCAUUAUAUCUUCCAAUUCCAGUCGGUAUAGCUUGUUCAUUGAUCCACAGGCUCAGGCAAAUAAUUGGUUAAAGAACAUGGAGCGAAAGAACCGGCUAAACUGUGUGAAGUUCAAUCAGAGCAACUACAUGAAGGUGAUUGCCGAGGCCCUGGAAUACGGAACACCUGUAAUAAUAGAGAACGUGCAGGAGGAACUGGAGGUUCCCCUGGAUCCCAUCCUGAUGCGACAGACCUUCAUUCAGGGCGGGAUUAAGCACAUCAGCUUGGGCGAGGCAGUGGUUCCAGUUAACCCAAACUUCCGCCUCUACAUGACCUGCAAUCUGCGCAAUCCUCACUUUCUACCCGAGACUUUUAACAAGGUCACAGUCAUCAACUUUGCCCUGACCCAGAAUGCCCUGAUGGAUCAGUUGCUCAGCAUUGUGGUGGCCAAGGAGCGACCUGAUCUCCAGGAGCUGAGGAUCACUCUAACCACCGAGGCGGCGGCCAAUAAGGGAGCUCUGCGGGAUGCGGAGAACAUGAUCCUGAAGACGUUGAGCGCGGGCGGGGACAUCCUCGAGAACGAGGGGGCCAUUCAGAUCCUGGCAGAUUCAAAAGGACUCUCCAAGGACAUUGUGGAGAAGCAGGAGGCGGCCAAGGAAACGGUGGCCAAGAUUGAGGCGUUCCGGUUGAACUACAAACCCGUGGCGGCGCAUUCCUCCAUACUCUACUACUCAAUCACUGAUCUGCCCAACAUUGAUCCCAUGUACCAGUUCUCCUUGAAUUGGUACAUCAAUCUUUAUAUGUACUCCAUUGAGACGGCUAAUAAGUCGAAGGAUCUGCCGCGACGCAUCAAGUUCCUGGUGGAUGGCUUCACCCGGAAUCUAUACAACAACGUUUGUCGCUCUAUUUUCGAGAAGGAUAAGCUGCUCUACUCCUUUAUCCUCACCGCUAGGAUUUUACUAGGCACUGGUCAGGUGGAAAUGCGACACUUUGCCCAUUUGGUCACCAAUGCCAAGGAGUCCACCAGUCUGCCACCCAAUCCCGAUCCCAGUUGGAUAACGGAGACCGUGUGGUUAAAUGUCCUCCGCCUGGAGGAGCUCAAGGAGCUGCGUGGCAUUGUGGAGCACUUCAAGAGUCAUCUGCCCGCUUGGCAGGCGAUCUACGAUCACUUUUCGCCGGAGAAGCAACCAUUGCCUCCGCCUUGGCAGGAUAAGACCACCGCCUUCGAGAAGAUCAUUGUGUUGAAAGCUCUAAGACCCGAUUCAGUUUUCCUGGCGGUGCGCAUCUUCAUCGCCGAGUGCAUCGGAGAUCAGUAUGUAACGCCACCGGAGUUUGAUAUUUCCAAAUCCUAUGCUGAUUCCACGGCACUCACUCCGUUGGUUUUUAUACUCUCACCUGGAGCGGAUCCACUGGGAUCCCUGCUGGCCUUUGCGGAGAAGAUGGGCCAGGAGGAGACCUUCCAGAGCAUCUCACUGGGUCAGGGACAGGGUCCCAUUGCCACGGCUUUGAUCAAAAACGCCCAGGAGAUGGGCUAUUGGGUUUGCCUGCAGAAUUGUCACUUGGCUGCUUCGUGGAUGCCCUACUUGGAGUACCUCUGGGAGAAUAUGGACACCUUCAAUACCACACCCAACUUCCGUAUUUGGCUAACCGCUUAUCCCACGCCCCAAUUCCCGGUGACCAUUCUCCAAAACGGCGUCAAGAUGACCAAUGAACCGCCCACUGGACUCAAGGAGAACCUCAUGCGAUCUUAUAACUCUGAACCCAUUAACGACUAUGAGUUUUAUACGGGUUGUGCCAAGCAGGAUCGCGCUUUUACCCGAUUGCUCUAUGGUAUUUGCUUUUUCCAUGCGGUGGUUCAGGAACGGAGGAAGUACGGCCCAUUGGGUUGGAACAUUGCCUAUGGAUUCAACGAGUCCGAUCUGCAGAUCUCUGUGCUGCAACUAAGUAUGCUGCUGAAUCAGUAUGAUCAUGUGCCCUACGAUGCCAUCUCGUAUUUGACCAGCGAGUGCAACUACGGAGGUCGAGUCACGGACAACUGGGAUCGCAGGUUGAUCGUGACGAUCCUGGCGGACUUUUGCAAUCCCCAGGCGGUGUCGGAUAACCGUUAUAGGUUCGCCAGCGACGAUCGCUACAUCCUGCCUAGGAAAACAGAGCAUCGAGAGAUCCUGAGGUAUUUGGAUGAGAAUCUUCCCUCACUGGCGCCACCGGAAGUCUAUGGUCUGCAUGCCAACUCUGGAAUAACCCGAGAUUUACAGACCACUAAAACCCUGCUCGAUUCGAUGAUCCUUUUGCUGGGCAGCGAGGCAGCGGGAUCCGCAGGAGCAGGAGUAAGUGUAGAGCAGGUAAUCCUGGACACAAUCAAGCAGAUCGAAAAGGAGAUGCCUCCCGAUAUGGACAUUGAGGCGGCGGCUGAGAAAUACCCAGUGGAUUACAACGAAUCCAUGAACACCGUGGUGGUGCAGGAGAUGGAGCGCUUCCUCAAGUUGCAGAAGGAGAUUCGAGGCACCUGUCGGGAUCUGGCCAUGGGUAUUAAAGGCAUCAUCGUGAUGACACCCGAUCUGGAGAACGUAAUGACUGCAAUGAAGUUCAAUCGCAUUCCCACCAAGUGGAUGUCUAAAUCGUAUCCUUGCCUAAAACCCUUGGGAUCCUAUGUUCAGGAUCUUUACAAGCGACUGAAUUGGCUGCACGACUGGCAUCAUCAUGGAAAGCCUCCAACCUUCUGGCUGUCCGGAUUCUUCUUCACACAGGCUUUCCUCACCGGUGCCAUGCAGAAUUUUGCAAGAAAGUAUAAGAUCCCUAUUGAUACCUUGACCUUUGACUACGAUGUGCUGAAGGUUGAGACGAAGGCGUCGCCACCGGAUGAUGGGGUGUACUGUAAUGGUCUCUUUUUGGAGGGCGCCCGGUGGGAGUGGCGAGAGAACAUUCUGGUGGAGCAGUUUCCCAAGGUGCUCAUCUAUGCCAUGCCGGUGAUCUUCUUCAGGCCAGUGGGUCUGGUUGAUGUGGUCGAGGGUUCGCGAUACCGUUGUCCCCUCUACAAGACCGGCGAACGCAAGGGCACCCUCUCCACAACGGGACACUCCACCAACUACGUGGUUCCACUGCUGCUAAACACCCAUAUCAAGGCCUCCCACUGGGUCAAGCGGAGCGUCGCUCUCAUCUGCCAGACCAGCGACUAA